AUGAAAAGGUGGAGUACUGAGCUCUUGCAUACUCUCUUGUAUGGUGCAAGAGAAAUUUCUUCAUUGAAUUACGUGGAGUAUGCAGUGCAAAGUGUAAUAAGUAUUUGUAUGGGGUGGCGAGGGCGGCGGUCGAGCAGAUCAAGGGCGCGUUCGGGGGUGGAGGGCGACAGCAGGGGCCGGGAAGCGCGGGGCGGGAUGCUGCGCGGGAGAUCGCGCAGAUCAAUAUCUCGCGUUACCGGGGUGACGCCGCGCCAGACCGAGUGCCUCCCGUACUACAUCCCCCUACCCACUACUCGCUUAUUUAAUACAUGCCGUAUCUGGGAUGCGAGCUUUUUCAUGUUAAAUGACAGGGCAGCG